AUAUAACACUGUAUUUAAGAUUUGUUCACCCAUGUUAAGGAAUCCUCUUUCUGUUCUUUUAUUUCUUUCUUUCUCUUUGCUUACAAUUCCCUCUGCACUUUUCAAUGGACACAGACGCCGUCGUUUCCUUUGAUCAUGUCUCGCCGGAGGAUUCUCACGAGGUUCAUGUUUUGGCUGUCGACGACAGCCUCGUUGAUCGAAAGGUCAUUGAACGCUUGCUCAAAAUCUCAGCUUGUAAAGUUACAGCUGUGGACAGUGGAAUCAGAGCACUGCAAUUUCUGGGGUUGGACGAGCAGAGAAGGACCUCUGAAUCUGAUGGUUUUGUCCCGAGUUUGAAGGUGGAUCUAAUUAUCACAGACUACUGCAUGCCCGAGAUGACAGGUUAUGAAUUGCUCAAGAAAAUAAAGGAAUCGUCCAUGUUCAGGGAAAUUCCAGUAGUGAUUAUGUCUUCCGAAAACGUUUUGCCUCGCAUAGACAGAUGCUUGGAGGAAGGUGCAGAGGAUUUCAUAGUGAAACCAGUGAAAUUAUCUGACGUGAAACGGUUGAAGGGUUACAUGACAACGAAAGAGGUUAAGGUUGGAAGCCAUGACAGAGGAAGCGGUGUUGAGAUUAACAACAAAAGAAAGCUGGAAGAAGAGGAAGAGACCUCUGACAUGUCAUCAUCGCCACCGUCCAUUUCUACACUUUCAUCAUCACCGUCCGUUUCUUCACCAUCAUCUUCUCCUACAUCUUCACCCACCGUUCUCGCUUCUCCAAUCAGACGGCUUAAAAUGAGCACCACGGAUUGACUCUCUGUGAUGGCAUCCACAGCAGUAUUUAAUUUUUUGCUCUUAAGAUUUAUUACUUUCCUCUCUCUGGGGUCGAAUUGCAAUUACCCGUUGAUGAUGAUGUUGUUGGUGCUGUCUGUAACGGUUUUUGUUGCAUUGGCCCUCUCUUAUCUUUUGCUACUUUGUUUUGUUUGUUUGUACGAAGGUGGGUUAAGGUUAUGGAAGCAUAAUGUUAUUAU